AUGGAAUUUACACCUAUAGACCAGCACCAGCACCAAAAUGCUGCUACUCUCUUAUGUUGCAACUGUGGUACCCCAAUUGACGGGUCCACCGGGCUAGUUAUGUGUUACGACUGUAUCAAACUGACUGUGGAUAUCACUCAAGGUAUCCCAAGAGAAGCUAAUAUUUCAUUUUGCAGAAACUGUGAAAGAUUUCUGCAACCACCUGGACAAUGGAUCAGAGCAGAAUUAGAAUCUAGAGAAUUGCUGGCCAUAUGUUUGCGCCGUUUGAAGGGCUUAACUAAAGUCAGAUUAGUGGAUGCUUCAUUUAUUUGGACAGAACCCCAUUCUAGACGUAUUAGAAUCAAACUUACCGUGCAAGGAGAAGCUAUGACGAAUACUAUUAUUCAACAAACUUUCGAAGUAGAAUACAUCGUUAUUGCGAUGCAAUGUCCGGACUGUGCCAGGUCCUACACUACAAACACUUGGAGGGCUACUGUCCAAAUUAGGCAAAAAGUGCCUCACAAGAGAACAUUUUUGUUCUUGGAACAACUGAUUUUGAAGCACAAUGCUCAUGUGGAUACCAUUUCCAUUAGUGAAGCUAGGGACGGGUUGGAUUUCUUCUACGCACAAAAAAACCACGCAGUUAAAAUGAUUGACUUUUUGAACGCUGUUGUUCCGAUUAAACAUAAAAAAUCUGAAGAACUUAUCUCCCAAGACACACAUACUGGUGCAUCUACUUAUAAAUUUUCAUAUUCUGUCGAGAUUGUCCCUAUAUGUAAAGAUGACUUGGUGGUUUUACCAAAAAAGUUAGCUAAAUCCAUGGGUAACAUUUCUCAAUUUGUUCUAUGUUCUAAGAUUUCUAACACUGUCCAGUUUAUGGAUCCAACUACUUUGCAAACCGCAGAUCUAUCUCCAUCGGUGUACUGGAGGGCCCCAUUCAAUGCCCUGGCUGAUGUCACCCAAUUAGUGGAGUUUAUUGUUCUGGACGUAGAUUCUACAGGUAUAAGUAGGGGUAAUCGUGUCUUGGCUGAUAUAACUGUUGCUAGAACUUCUGAUUUGGGUGUUAAUGAUCAAGUCUACUAUGUUAGGUCUCAUCUCGGUGGUAUUUGCCAUGCAGGGGAUAGUGUUAUGGGCUAUUUCAUUGCAAACUCGAAUUACAAUUCCGAUCUAUUUGAUGGUUUAAAUAUCGAUUACGUCCCGGAUGUAGUUCUUGUGAAGAAGCUGUACCAAAGAAAGAGCAAGAAGAGCAGACACUGGAAGUUGAAGAGAAUGGCUAAGGAACAUAAGGACAUCGAUGCAUCUCUAGAUUACAGUUCGAGAGCUCAAAAGCAAGAAAUGGAACGUGCCGAAAAAGAUUACGAACUAUUCUUACAAGAAUUGGAAGAGGACGCUGAAUUGAGACAAAGUGUCAACCUAUACAAAAACCGCGAUACUGACGUACCUCCUGAAGAGCAUGAAAUGGAUGAAGACGAGGAUGAAGAUGCUCCACAAAUCAAUAUUGAUGAAUUGUUGGACGAGUUGGAUGAAAUGACUUUAGAAGAUGGAGUCGAGAACGCACCCGUCGAAUCUCAGCAGUAA